AUGAAGAUAAACUUCAUCCAACAAACACUGAAAAACAUUUGCAAUGGAUCAACAGACUUAAAUGUGUUGACGCAAGGUUUAAAGGCUGGUAUAUCAGGACUCAUGAACCUCGCAAGCCAAGGAAGUGAUCCUGCAAGCGGAGUUUUCUUUGUCAAUUUUAAUCAAGACUGCACAUCUUUAGCAGUUGGAACAAAAACUGGGUAUCGUUUAUUUUCAUUAAAUUCUGUUGAUUAUCUUGAGCAGAUAUAUGAAAAUGAUACAGAAGAUAUCUGUAUUGUGGAGAGGCUCUUCAGCAGCAGUUUGGUGGCUGUUGUUAGCCUCCUCUCUCCCAGGAAGUUGAAAGUGUGUCACUUCAAGAAAGGAACAGAAAUAUGCAAUUAUAGUUAUUCAAACACUAUUCUUGCUGUGAAGCUAAAUAGAGCUCGAUUGGUUGUAUGUCUGGAAGAGUCUCUUUAUAUACACAACAUUAGAGAUAUGAGAGUGCUACAUACAAUAAGAGAUACUCCACCAAAUCCCACUGGACUUUGCACUCUCUCAAUUAAUAGUGACCAUUGUUACCUAGCUUAUCCUGGAUCUAACACUAUUGGUGAAGUUCAGAUAUUUGAUGCCAUCAACUUGCAUGCAAAAACAAUGAUUCCUGCACAUGAUAGUCCUCUAGCAGCCCUAGGCUUUAGUCCAUCUGGAACUAAAGUUGCAACAGCUUCUGAGAAAGGAACUGUGAUCAGAGUAUUUUUGGUGCAUGAUGGAACAAAAUUAUUCGAAUUCAGACGAGGUGUGAAACGUUGUGUUAGUAUUUCCAGCUUGGUAUUCAGUAUGGAUGCAAAUUUUCUAUGUUGCUCCAGUAAUACUGAAACUGUUCAUGUUUUUAAACUGGAAGAACCAAAAGAAGCGCCAAGACAAGUUCCCGAUGAAAACCAAGGUUGGAUUGGCUACUUUACGAAAGCAGUUUCAGCAUCUGCCAAUUAUCUUCCUUCUCAAGUAACUGAUGUCUUCAAUCAAGGCCGUGCAUUUGCUACUGUGCAUUUGCCAUUUCAAGGACUCCGAAAUGUCUGUGCAAUUACAGUAAUCCAAAAAGUACUUCGCCUGCUUGUGGCAUCAGCUGAUGGGUACUUGUAUAUUUACAACUUGGAUACUACUGAAGGUGGAGAUUGCACUCUGGUGAAGCAGCACAGGUUGGAUGGCAAGCCUGAACAGCAGUCGGAAAGCCAACCAACUUCCUCUGGCAACGACCAUGGCGCCACAGCUGCUAAUGCUCUGCCGUCUCACUCGUCACCCAAACCAGUGAGCAGCAGUGCUGCGUCAGCAGGACACAUAAGUAGCUACGCCGGGAUAUUGAAAGGCUGUUCUCCGGGUGCCAUGUCAGGUACUGUUGUUGAAUCUGAAAAGUUUCAUGAGAUGGCAACUGCAACAGAGUCGCCUCCCAAGGGAGGUUUCCGGUUUGAUGAUGAUAGUGAGUUUCCCCCAGUUACUCAGAAAACGGAAUGAAGUGAACCUGAAGGCAUUAACAUGCAUAUCAUUGGGAACUUGACUAAAAUUAAGCUGUCUCUACUUAUUAAAGUGAGUGGUAUUUAAAAUAUGUUGACUAAAUGUAUCGAAGGUUUUUUAAAAAAGUCAUGAAACAUUUUUGUGAUAUUUCUUUUCAAAUUAAUGUGUACAUAUUAUACAUAAAAAGGAAAGUGAAGGGGCAGAUGGAAGACGAAAAGUUUUAAAUUAGUGUAUUUCAAUUAUAAUUGUGUCUUCAUUUACAAACAAGCUGUUUUGUGGCUUGAUAUUGUGUGUGUGCGCUUGUGAGAAGAUAGCAGGUUACAAGAAGAUUCUUGUGUGGAAUUUGUUGGAGCAUAUUUUUUGUGAUUGUAUACAUUUUCCAAGAUAUUUAGUGUCUUUCAAAGUUGUAUAGAUGUUUAAGUGUAGUGUCCUACAAAAGUUGUAUUUUGUAUGUACAGACUAUAUUAUGUAAACUCAGAAAAAAAUGUAGUUCAUAUAGGGAGCACUUUGGUACAGUGGUAUCAACAUAAGAAUUGGAUAAAAUGUGCUGUUGAGUGAUAGAAAAAAACAAAAAAUACACCUGAUGAAGUGUUAAUAUAUUGAAUAAUCUAGUUGCUUGCAUGCUGAGAAUUAACCCCAGGAUGUGUGUUUUCCUGGGCUUUGUACCAAUGAUGCAGCUUUUAUGCUUUGCUGUCACCCCAAAUCUGUAAAUUUUAUUUAUUUGAUUAUCAGAUGUAGAUUUUGCUGUUGCAUUGUUAUUAAUUAUUUUAUUUCCUCAUACUCAGAAAUACUGGUGAAUGAUUUCUUCUUUUAACUUUUAACUUCUGUUAAAAAUCACUCUUAGUUUAAAUUUUGUUUCUUUUAUAUCAUUUUGUGAUGAACAUAAAAAUGAAAAAAAAAAAUUUGUUUCACUUUGAUAUGAUGCAUCUCACUUUCAUAUCAUUCAAUUAUUGGUAUUGUAUUUUACAAUUGGGAAUUUUUGAGUUCUGUUGUGUUUUAUUUCUACACUUAAUUGAUCUGAACUUAUCAUUCUGUGUAAGUUGCUUUGAUCACCUCUUUUUUAAUUUUUCCUGGUGCAUUAAAUAUUUCUUCUAUUUUAACAAAAGUUUUGGUUUGUUUGUUUGCUUGUAUUUUGCCUGUUUUUCCCUAACAUAAUUGUCAUCUGCAAUUCCUUGUGUAUUUAUAACAGCAAUGAUCUUCGGUAUUCAGCGAUUUGGAAAGAAGCAAGAAUGAUUGCCAAAAUAUUUGCUUGUGAAUGGUACUAUAUUGUGUUUGGAAAUAAAUAUCUUACAAUUUUUCAGACAUUUAAAAUAACUAUUGACUACUUCAUUUGUGGAGACUUUAGCAAACAUAGUUGAGAAACUAUAAUGCACAACUGAAUCAGUUGUUUAAAGGAACUGAAAAAUUAAAAAUAAAUACAGGGAAAUUGUUUUUCUAUUGUAUAUUGUAAAUCUUUCAAAUUAUUACUUGCAUCAUGAAUUACCUGGUAUUUAAAAAAAUUACUAAA